AUGUCGCGCCCACAGGGCACUCACUCUCACUCCAAGUUCGCUGACUUCUUCCCGACCGCUCCCAGCGUUCAGCAACGAAAGGCUUCCAAGUUGCUUGACCUUGACCGAUCCCGUCUGCGCCGUCCUGACGAUCGCGCGGAAGAUGCCAACACGAAAGAGAAUUCUGCUCGCCUCUCGCUGAACUCAUCUACCACGUCCCACCCACAUUUACCUGCCAAACAGGACAACCUGGCAAAGACUCCCGCCGUCACCGUGAUCCCCGAAGAGAGUGACCAGUACGCAGGGGACCUUCUCAAUGGUGUCGGCUCAGCAAGUUCGUCUAGCACCGCUUCAUCGGUCUUUAGUGCUCCCGUCGCAAACGCCGCCAUGUCUGGCGCCAGUCAUAUUAAUUUCACCACUCUUACCCCUCUCACAAACUCCGACUCUCCUCCAAAUGGUAAACCCAUGAGCCCAACCAUUGAAUCUCACACCGUGAUGGGCAGCAGCAAUAAUAUGUCCAUCCUCCAUCAAGGUUCGAUGACACCCCUCCACACACCACCGACCCAUCGAAGAUCCGCGCGCGAUGCCAAUGCCGAAGUCAAAGGGACCAAGUGCACCUAUGAUCCGGAACUCGACAAGACCUUAAACUCCAAGGACAAACGCAAGCUGAAAGCGCAGUUCGAAGAUUUCGGAGCAAAGCCCCAAGACAACUUCCAACCUCCCGAUCCGCGACUGGCCGUUCCAAACUAUACAAAGGGCGUGGUGGGAAAGGGAAAAGCAAAAUUUCGCCCUGCGCCUUACAAUCUAAAGUCGUGGGUGCCUGAUGUUGCGACCGCGGUUGCGCCGCCGCCGCCGACCACCGUUGUCGUGACCGGCUUCGACCCCAUGACACCGUUGGCACAAAUCAGCGCAUUAUUUUCCAGCUUUGGCGAGAUCGAGGACUUGGACAAUAAAACCGAUCCGCUCACUGGACGCUUUCUCGGCAUCUGCAGCAUCGCAUACCAAGACUGCGCCUCCUUUCAAGGCGGGGGACCCAUCUCCGCCGUCCUCGCGGCCAAGACAGCAUAUCUUGAGGGCAAGCGUGGACAAAGGAUAGGCUUGAAGACUGUUCACGUGGCCAUUGACCGAGACGGGUCGGUCACGGAAAAGUUGGUGGAAAAGGCAAUUGCGCUGCAUCGGAAAGAGAGUGGAUUCACAAAUCCCUCCCGUAUGCAGCCCUCUCCGUCUCCAUCAACACCCACCGCGGUCCAGUCGCCCGGAUUCGCAAAGUCUACAGGCCCGCCGCCGACAGCUCCAAAGGGGCCUUCGGGAAAGCCACCUUUACGACCUCAGUCUACCUUCCAAGCCCCAUUCGGACUUCCCGUAAAACCCGAGAGACCAACCAAGCCCGUGACUGCCUCCGCUUCGCUUGUCGAGACCACACCGAUUGCUGAAACAUUGAAAGUGCCUUACAUCUUCAUCGCGCAUUGUUACGUACCAGUUAUGAGCACUACGAUACCGCACCUGAAGAAAAGGUUAAGGAUGUUUGAUUGGCGAGAAGUCCGCUGUGACCAGACGGGAUACUUUAUCACCUUUGAGCAGUCGCGGAGCGGACAGAUGGAGGCUAAGAAGCUAUUUCAUGGCUGUCACAUGCAGCCGCUGUUUACCUAUGUGAUGAAUUUGGAAUUGCAUCUCAAUGGAAAUCACAAAGCUGUCAGUGCUGCGGACACCGUACCAACAUCGAUGGGGCCCGUCGAUUUCGUAUAUUCCAAACAAGCUUACAGGCUGAGGAAAGAGCACGACCUCGACCUAGAAGAAGAAAAGCGACAGCGCGCAAGAGAUUUAGACCCCUCCAGGGCUGUUGUACAGCUUGUCAUUCAAGAGCUUAGGGAUAAGCUGCUGGAAGAUGUCAAAUCACGUAUCGCUGCUCCAGUUCUCUACGAUUAUCUUGAUCCGACCAGACAUGCGGAAAGGAGAAGGAUUCUUGGUGUAAGCGAUCCUGAGGGAACACGGAGGCACGGUCACGCCGAUGAAGGCUCUCAGACGCCCGACUCACGCCUGGGUACCAGUCGACUCCCGCUUGGGAGUAAAAACCUCAACAUUCUUUCCCUGCCAAAGAUUGGCAAGAGGCCGGGCACAGACAAGGGCACGGUUGGUUUCCGCGAUGAGAGAAGGAAAGCUCCAACAACGAGACACAAUGUCAGGCCAUUGUUCCACCAGCUGGCACAAUUUCACGCCGACGAUGAUUCCGACGAUGAACGACGAACAUCGGUCACUCGUGACACUGAAGAUCCCGAGAGCCGUCCACCUAGUCGGAUGAGUAUGACCUCCCUAUCCGACGACGACGACGAACUUCUGCGCAAAGUAACGAAACGCCGGCUCCAUGCUCGGGAGGAGUCUGAGAUGGGAGAUAGUAUCGUCAAGGACGAAUUCGACACCAGCAAGCAAACUGCUGAAGAUUUAAUUAUUGCCAAGCUCGAAAGAAAUAUUUAUGAGAUGUCCCCAUCGUCGAGAAAACGAAAGAGGUUGGUGAAAGAGUUGGAAGCUCGAAAACGUCAAAAGGCAGAUGACGAGUUAUUCGGCAUCGAUCAAAACGACCUGGAUCGCGAGGGAUCCGAGGAUAUCAAAGUGGAAACUCCCAUCGAGGCGACGCCUGAUGUCGAUUCGGACGGUGUCAAGGCCAAGAAGCCAAAGCCUAAGAAGAAAACUAAGAAACAGAUCCUGGAAGAGCGGGAAGCGCUCCGACGGGCGCAGGCAGAGGCCGAAGCAGCUGCAGUGGUGGAUAAUGUUCUGGAGUAUGCAGAGGAAGAAGAAGCUCUUGCAGAAGCAGCCGAAUGGAGACCAGAAGUGGAAUGGGGCGUCUCGGCCGUGGAGCCUUUGCCUACCGUUGACGACGACGAGGAUAUCAUUCCUGAUCUCCGAGGAUGGCAAGCCAGUCUCUUUGAUAAGGAAGAUCUUGAAUACUUGUCAUCGGCAAUGAAAUUGAAGAAGGCCAUGGAUAUUGGUGAUCCGAUGGCAUGGGCCUGGAAACAGGAGCGCAUUCGAAAUCUCAAACCUGGAAGCCAGCCAGGCGCGCUUAGGACGGAGCCUCCCAUUGACGGGUAUUUUGUGCCCAACCCAUCAGGCUCGGCAAGAACGGAGCCUGUUCGAAGAAUCCUCGAGUCCGAGAAGUCGAAGUAUUUGCCUCAUCGCAUCAAGGUGCAGAAGGCAAGGGAGAAGAGAGAAGCCGAAGCUAAGAAGGACCCUGGCAAACAAGUUGUGGAACUGCCCAAAGCUUCUUCCCGCGGCAAGCGUGCUGACGAUCGACGCACUGUCAAAGAUUUGGACAGACAGCGGGAGAUGCUACAGGGGUUGGGCGAGGACGCCGACGUUCUGCGAUUCAAUCAGCUUCAGAAGCGCAAGAAACCUGUCAAAUUCGCCAGAUCCGCCAUCCACAACUGGGGUCUGUACUCGCUGGAGCGGAUACAAGCGAGCGAGAUGAUCAUCGAGUAUGUGGGCGAGAAGAUCCGGCAAGAAAUCGCCGAUUUGAGAGAGAUCAAGUACACGGAGAGCGGCAUUGGCAGCAGCUACCUCUUCCGAAUCGACGAAGGGACUGUCGUGGAUGCCACCAAGAAGGGCGGUAUCGCAAGAUUCAUCAACCACAGCUGCUCUCCCAAUUGUACUGCCAAGAUCAUCCGGGUGGGCGGCACAAAACGGAUCGUUAUCUACGCUCUAAGAGAUAUUGAGAAAGAUGAAGAACUGACAUACGACUAUAAAUUCGAGCGGGAGAUUGGCAGUGACGAUCGUAUCCCUUGCCUCUGUGGCUCGGCGGUCUGCAAAGGUUUCCUUAACUAA